AUGGUUAUUGAGUCAAUCCUUGCCCAGAAUGAUCGAAAAGGAGCCUCCUUGGCCGCCAUUAAGAGUUAUAUUAGUGACCAGUAUAGGACCGUGGAUCCUAACAUGAUGAAGUCGAACGUACGAAAAGCUCUUGCUCGGGGGCUCGAGUCCGGGGUAAUUUUUCGACCCAAGGCCUCUGAGGAAGCCAAAGGAAUUACUGGAAGAUUUAAAGUGGACAAGGUAAAGCAUGCAGCCUUAAAUAAACCCAAAAAACCCAAACCACCGGCUAAACCAAAAGCCGUGGAUAAACCAAAGGUAAAAAAAACUGUGGCCAAGAAAGAAGUACUACCCAGCAAAUCUCCGAAAAAAUUGAAAACUCCCAAAAAGACCUCAAAGAGCAAAGCUUUGAAAGGCGACAAGGUGAAAUCUUCUGAGAAGACGACAAAGGCACCGAAAACCAAAGUAAACUCUAAAGCAGAAGCGCAGAUCAAAACAACGGCUAAAAGUAGUUCAACUGCGAAACCCAAAGAAAAAGCAACCACCUCGAAGGCAGCCAAGAAGAAACCGGAUACGUCCAAACCGGCACCGACCAAAAGCAAGGCGACGACUAAGAAAGCGGCCGCAAAGCCACGUGGUGGGAAGUCAGCAGCAUAA